AUGGACGCUACUGUGGGUAAUAUAGGUUCUAUCUCUGACCCAUCAGACUGGCUGGGCACUAAAGUUCCAAAGCUUUUUGAUCUUGAAUCAAUGUUAAGUUGCCAUAUUUGCAAAGAGACGUUAAAGGCACCUGUUAUGACUCAGUGUGGUCACUGUUUUUGCUCUCUAUGUAUUAGAAGGUAUCUGAAAGUGAACCAGGAAUGCCCGCUUUGCCACGAGGUUCAGUAUGAGAGCAAUUUAGUCAAAGUUUUGCUUCUGGAUAGCAUCGGAAAAUGGUUCAUUAGUAAUAGAAGCCAACUUUUAGCAAAGCUUAACGCUGAUGAUGACUCCGUUAUAAUCUUGCAAGAAGAAAAAAAACGGCCCAAGCCGCAAAAACCCGUGUAUGAAUCUAGGAAGAAGCCGAAAACAGCAGGGUUUGGUAAGUCAGUUCCCUCCAGAGAAGAGAUGGUCGAGUGCCCCAUUUGUGGAGAAUUUAUGUCUGCAGAAGAGCUUCAAGGAGAUCACAUUGACAUAUGUCUGGUUGGCAAAGACAACAAAGACGAGAAAGAGGAGGACAGUAAAGAAGAUCGUGAACAUCAUGAGUCGGCGCAAAAGGUGCCAGAAAAAGAUAUAGUAGUCACGAUACCCAAAGACCAAGAUUUUCAGGUGCAGAAAGCAGUUGAUAUGAAACGACUAGCAAAGUUGGAUUUUGCCUCAUUAUCGACCAAUAAAGUCAAAGAGAAACUAGCGCAACUUCGAUUGCCAACAUCCGGUACAAGAGCUCAGCUAGAGGCCAGAUAUGUUGAGUACAGCAACCUUUACAAUAGUAACCUUGAUUCUGCCAACCCUAAGGAUAGUGUGGUUUUGAGGGACAAGUUGGAGCAAUGGGAGGCCUUAUCUGAGAUAGACAACAAUAAGUCAAAUCAUACAGAAAAGUUUAAUAGAUCAGCUUGGGUGAAAACUCAUGGGAAUGAAUUUAGAGAGUUAAUACAGGCGGCCAAAAAAACCCAUUUUUCUAAAUGA